AUGAAAAGUCUUCUAGUUACUUUAUUGUUGUGUCUUGCAAGUGUUUAUGGGUUUAUUGAGUUAUACCAGGCUAAAGCGCCCAUUGUAGUAAUCAAGGAGUUAAAGAAGUCAACAGUGACUUUAUCUGAAGUAAAAGUGUAUAUGCGCCGGGGUGCCAGUGAUAAUUGGAGUGAAGUAAACUUCAAAAAGGGCCAUGGAAGUAGUGAUUCAUCUCGGUACACCAAUGAUGAGGAUGAUGUCAAAGUCGAGAUGGCUAUAUACGAGUCCCCAACCAAGGACUGGCACUCUUUAACAACAGUAAGUGCCAAACAUUAUAUCUCAAAAAUGUCACAUUCUGGCUCAAAAAUGAACUUCUUAUGGACUUCAACUAAUGCUGGGUACUAUAUGUUCUUAUUCCGACUUGUUUCGGAACUAGAGGACGAUCCAAACAUUGAGAUAGGUUUGGAUGUAGUGACGUAUGAAGGAAGACCCGAAGAUCCUAGUAUUUACUCACAUGCUGACUCACAAAUUCGCAACAAAGAUAAGCGAAUUAGGGACUGCAUUAACAUCUCCAAAGAAAUCUUACAACUUCAAGAAAAGGACCGAAUGGAUGAGAUGGAGUACACUCAAGCGACCAAUGGUAUCUUCCGUGUUAUUGUCUGGUCCGUCUUUUUGAAAAUCGUUGUGUUUAUCACCUCCUUCCUUUGGAUUAACAGGAAGAUACAGAACUUCUAUCUGGAAAAGAAGAUUGUUGUUAAGUACUAG